UUGACAACUUGUCUUGCUCUUUGAUAAUAGUGCGGUAAAACUAGAAUUGCGCCAAAUUAAACGAAAAACAAUUAAUUUUCAAAUAAUAUCCAUCAAUAUCUACAGCUAAAUAAGAAAUCCGCAUAGAAAACAGAACAGUGAAUUAAUUCAUAUCAAUAUUUCGAUGAUAUUUUAUAACAAUGGACAUGAAGUCUGCUAAUAUCAAAGGCAAAGAUAAGCUUAAGGAAAUUAAAUCACAGGAUUGGGAUUCCAGAAUCAGUUCGACUACAGACAUUAAGAUGCCUGACAUGGAUCUAGAUGCUAAGGAAAUCAAGCCAUCUCUGGCAAGACCUAAAUCUGAUGGUCCAACACCGAAGAGAGCUGCCAAAGCUAUACCAUUAGAUGGAUUUAAAUGGAAUAUGCAGGCUUUAGCGACAGCUGCUGAUGCUGUGGAAUCUGGUGGAAAAUCCCCAGUGUCAGCUCUCAAUGAGCUAGGGGUUCGUGUGAAUUACACAUUACGACAGCAAGGAGGACCUCCGCAUUGUCCUAGCUUCGUUAUAACUGUUGAGGUUAGUACAUCCUUAUUAAUCUAUAUUUUAUUUAUUUGUAUACUUGCUAUUAACAACUGUCAAAACUUCUAUAAUAUAUAUCUAUUAGUUUUCGCCCGCGAUUUCGCG